AUGGUCGUUGUCAACGACGUCGAGUACCUCUGCGACGAGGAGAGGAGGCUAAAGGAAGAUCGCGAGAGAAAGCGGUACUGGAAGAAAUGGGGUCCGUAUGUUGCUGAGCGACAAUGGGCGACCGUGCGAGAGGAUUAUUCUGAAAACGGUGAUGCUUGGAGCCAUUUCUCCCACGAUCACGCCCGUUCAAGAGCCUACCGCUGGGGUGAGGAUGGUAUAGCCGGAGUCUGCGAUACGCAUGGUCAGCUCAACAUUGCAUUUUCAUUUUGGAAUGAAAAAGACGAAUUCCUCAAGGAAAGACUCUUCGGUCUUUCUAACCCGCAGGGAAACCAUGGUGAGAGUAUCAAGGAAUGUCAUUUCCAUCUUGACAAUACACCCUCGCACUCGUACAUGAAAUACCUGUACAAAUACCCCCAGAAAAAGUUCCCCUACCAAGAUUUGAUUGACGAGAAUGCGCGCCGCGGACGAGAAGAUCGGGAAUAUCAACUGCUUGAUACCGGCAUCUUCAAUGAAAACAGAUACUGGGACAUCUUCAUCGAAACUGGCAAAGAGGAAAACGACGAAGAGGAAAUUUCCUUCCGAGUGAUUGCAUACAACAGAGGCCCUGAGCCCGCACCUCUGCAUAUUAUUCCUCAGGUCUGGUACCGAAAUACAUGGACCUGGGGCUGGGAGGACAAGUCCAAGAAACCCAUCAUCAAGCAGGAAAGCCCUCUCAAGAUCAAGACUUCUCAUCAUGCAUUGGGCGACCGUUACGUUACUCUAUCUCCAUCUCCGUCAUUCAAUGGAAGCGAGGAAGAUAUUCAACCCCGCAUGCUCUUCACCGAAAAUGAUACCGACAAUAAGGCAUUAUAUGGAACGAAGAAUGAACAACCAUAUGUCAAGGAUGCAUUCCACCGGUAUAUUGUCGAUGAAGAAAAAGAUGCCAUCAACCCAGACAACGAGGGUACCAAGUUCGCAGCUUGGUACGCUUUUGACGAAGGCGAUGGUGUUCCCCCUGGCGAAUGUGCAGUUGUUCGAUUCCGAUUCUCCAGGAAGAACGAAGAAUAUGUCAAUGAGGAGGAGCUUGACAAUGUGAUUGAACAGCGGAGAUCGGAAGCCGAUGACUUCUACUACCGUAUCAACCCUCUCCCCAUGGCGGAAGAUUUGAGAAACAUUCAGCGGCAAGCUUUGUCUGGAAUGCUGUGGACCAAGCAGUAUUAUCACUUUAUCUGGGACCAAUGGGCUAAUGGUGACCCUGCCAUGAUUCCUCCUCCACCUGGCCGAAAGAACGUUCGCAAUCAGCAAUGGAGACAUAUGUAUCUGGAUGAUAUCCUGUCCAUGCCGGACUCAUGGGAAUACCCAUUCUUUGCAGCCUGGGAUACUGCGUUCCAUUGCAUUCCAUUGUCCAUGGUUGACCCUGAUUUCGCCAAGAAGCAGCUUGACCUAUUAACCAGAGAAUGGUACAUGCACCCCAAUGGACAACUUCCAGCUUACGAGUGGAACUUUGGUGAUGUCAAUCCUCCAGUGCACGCCUGGGCUGUUUUCAGAACAUUCAAAAUUGAACGUAAGAUGUACGGCCGGCAAGAUCUGGACUUUUUGGAGCGUGUAUUCCAGAAGUUACUCCUCAACUUCACCUGGUGGGUGAACCGCAAGGAUGCCGACGGCAAGAACGUCUUUGAAGGAGGUUUCUUGGGUCUUGAUAACAUUGGCUUGUUCAAUCGCUCUGAGCCGUUGCCCACGGGUGGUGUGUUGGAGCAAGCGGAUAGUACUGGCUGGAUGGCUUUUUACUGUCUUAGCAUGUUGAACAUUGCUCUUGAGCUUGCAAAGCACCGUCGCACAUAUGAAGAUAUUGCAUCGAAAUUCUUCGAACAUUUCAUUCUCAUCUCCGAUGCCAUGUCAUUCAGGAAUCAGGACGGAGAGACUUCUCUAUGGAACGACGAAGACAGCUUCUACUACGAUUCCAUUUCUUACGGAGGACCCUGGUCGCAACAACUUCCAGUCCGAUCAUUGGUCGGUCUGAUUCCGCUGUAUGCAGCCUCUACACUCGAGCCCGAAAUCAUCAACCUCUUCCCAUCAUUCAAGCGACGUCUCAACUGGUUCAUUGAGAACAAGAACGAUGUCGCAGAACGCAACAUUGCCAGUAUGAGCCACCGCGGUAAGGACGAUCGCUUGCUUCUCGCUCUUGUCAGCAAAGACCGUCUAGAGAAGAUUCUCAAACGUAUGCUUGACGAGACAGAAUUCCUGUCUGAUCACGGUAUUCGUUCAUUGUCUAAGUACCAUGAAAAGAACCCAUUCUCCAUGCAUGUUAAUGGUCAGAAGUUUACAGUUGGAUACGUCCCCGGUGAUUCUGACAGCGGACUGUUUGGUGGUAACAGCAAUUGGCGUGGCCCAAUCUGGAUCUGUGUCAAUUUCUUGCUUAUUGAGUCUCUUUUGCGAUUCUACAUGUUCUACGGCGACUCUUUCAAAGUUGAAUGUCCGACCGGCUCUGGUGACUACAUGCAUUUGGGUCAUGUUGCUGAGGAACUCCAGCACCGAUUGCAGCACUUGUAUGUCCGGGAUUAUGAUGGACGCCGUGCCAUCAACGACGGGAAUGAUUUGCUCGAUUUCGAUGAGCACUGGAGAGAUUAUCUCUGGUUCUAUGAGUUCUUUGACGCCGACACUGGUCGCGGUCUGGGUGCAUCUCAUCAGUGCGGUUGGACGGGAUUGCUCGCCAAGGUUAUUCACGACACUGGUUUGAACUGCCGUCUCCCCCAAACCCCUCGCACGCCCACUACUGCAGCAGCGCACUACUUUGACGAUGUCUUCAGCCGUCACGGUCGACCAUCCAAGGGCAGCCGCCAACCAAGCCACUUGCUUCGUCGGUCAUCAACAUCUCGCUCAAUCGGCAACCACAGCGAUUUUGAGUCCAGGCUCAACGGAGCCGAAGAUGAGGAAACUGAAGACGCCAUGUCUACCAACGGCACGAACGAUCAUAUGGAAGAGAAUUUCACGGCUUACAUUGCGGACCAACUCAGCCGUGUCAGGAGUAGCGCGACGCUGGGGGCUUAUGAGGAUGAGUUUUGUACUGGGGUUGAUCACAAUGGAACGAGUACCAAUGGGACCCAUGGACAUUGA